AUGUUCAGACGCGGUGGUUUUCAAAUUCUUCGAGCAGCUCGGGCCUUUUCCCAGGUUUUUACUUCAAUUUAAUUAUUCUAUUCAGCGACUUUUUCAGCGUAAAUUUUUUUUUCCCAAAUUUUAAAUUGUGAAAUCCUACAUUAAUGCAAUUUUUCCAGGUCGUAUGUGAGAUAAAUUUGCAAUAAAGAGUUUAUAAGACUAAAGCUUGAGCAAAAGGUUUCCUUUAUAUUUUUUGUUACCACUCAGAUCCGCUCUGGUAGAUUAUAUCAAGUUGAAUAAUAAAAUUCAACUUUCUCAAGAUUUUUCUCAUUCCUUCAAAAUUUGGUUGUUAUGUCUCGUAAAUUAAAUUCAUAUAGGCCAAAGUGGCUAGCUUUCCUACUUAAUUACAGACGAGAAGCUGAGAAUUUGUGCGUUUUUCGAGUUUUUUCGAAACACAUUAAGGUCACGUUAAAAUCCUUUCGAAAAGUUGAAGAAUUCUACAUGUAAACAAGUCAUUUUGGCUAUGAGGUGUUCUAUGUACCGUAAUCUUAUCAGCAAGGACGAUUGAUCACUAUGACAAUUUUUUACACUCUAAUAGUCUUCCAAAAGGCUAUGUAGUUCAAAAGCAGUGAAUCAAUUAUGAAUGCCUAUGAAAUUAGGCUUCCGUUCAAGGGUUUUGUUCCAGCGCCCAGUAGUGCGAGCAAAUGUUCGUCGAGCUGCCAUCGGUAGUGGAGGCGUCGGCACGUCACUCGGACUAUCGUUCUUCUCGAAGAAGAAGGAAGAGCCGAAGAAGGAGUCGUUCGCCGACUUUGACGACCUCAUCCGGGAGGCCGAUCAGUUCUUUGAUAAAUACCUUGUUGAGAACUUUCAGUCUGUUAUCAGCACGUCAGUUUUUCUAAACAACCAAUCGUAAUUGAUUGGUUUGAUUCCAGUGUCGGCAACAGCGAAACGGCAGAGAUUUUAUGGCGGCUCGUCAAAACUAUUCUGGAAAAGUCGAGACUUUCCGAAGAUUUGGGUGACAAAACAGGCGCCAUGAAGAAAGCCUACGGAGAAAUCGAGCGAGAGCUGAAAAAUGAGAUCAAGACCGGCAACUUCAAACCGGACAAAUUGUGAGUCUUUUCUGCUUUCGAGUGUGUAACAGGAAAAGUUUUCCGUUCUCAUUUCUUUUGAAGAAGGAAGUACCGUUCAGGUAUGGAAUUGUUAGCGAAUAUGUCGGCGACAGCAAGAAGGGAAUCGCGGACAAGGCGAAAGAAAUCAGGGGGCAGCUUGAAAAGGCGAUCAAAGUCUACAAAAAUGACCCUAUGAUGUGGCACGUCCUGGGUUCGUUUAUCUUAUCAAUAUAAUAAAUUUCAUUUGGGGGAAACGCCUGUUUAAGGCGGCCGGUCGGAUUACGGUAGUCAGGAUAGGUUUUCCGGUAAUAAAAUGAAAGCGAAUGUACUUUUUGUGACGUAUCUUAUCUUGCAACCUAAAGAACUAGAACAAGUUGCGAAAAAAGAAACAUCAAAAAAAUUUCCUCACUCCGAAACUGACGGCGCGCCUCCGUAACACUGUCAAAAAAAAGUGUGAAGAAGAAAUGUUUUUCAAUAUUUUCUACAGGGCUUUGGCAUCUCGCAUUUGCCGACAUCGGACACGCCGCUAAGAAAGUCGCCAAGACAGUCACAGGACUUCCUGUUGAUUCGACCUACGAAGACGCUUUGCACUACUUCGAACAGGCAGAGAAGCUCAAGGUUUGAUCAAAACCUAAUCACUUGUUAAAGCGAGAUUUCCUUUUUUCAGCCAGGAUUUGACACUGCCAACGCUUUCUACCUUGCGGAAACAUAUGACAGACUUGGUAAAAAGGAAAGAGCCAUCGAAUACUACAAGAAGUCUUACGAUAUUCCUGCCAAAAACGACGAUGACAAAGAUAUUCAGAAAAAGGUCUGUUUCUCAUCAUUUAUUUUUCACUCCACACUUUUUUUUCAGGCUCUUGAAAGACUGAGAGAGCGCGGAAUUCAGCAGAAAAAAUAA